UGCAUAUGGCCGAAAGAACUUCCCGCGAGUGCCUAGAAUAUUUUUGUGACACGGUUUGCAAAAUAUAUGGUCCAGAGUUCUUACGUAGACCGACAAGCCACGACAUGGCACUUUUAUACCAAGCUCAUGAGGAAAAACAUCACCUUCCAGGUAUGUUCGGUAGCCUUGAUUGCACCCAUUUCGUUUGGCGUUUUUGUCCGACAGAGAAAUUCAAGAGGCAACAUGAGGCGGCAAGAAAAGACGUCGAACGGGCUUUUGGUGUUUUGAAGGGGAAAUGGGGUGUAUUGAGUCGACCGAUGCGAGCAAGAUCGGUUAAAAAAAUUAGGAAUGUCGUGUACACGUGUAUUAUUUUACACAACAUGAUUUUGAAAGACGAUGGAAAGGCGAUAGCACCGGUGCACAUUCGGGAUCCUCCGGUCGAGCCGGCUCUAGACGAUACGGUGCUGGGCGAGUUGUUGAAUGAAGACACCCAUUGGAGACUCAAACACGAUCUCAUAGAUCAUCUCGCAAGUCAAGAUUUACCCCAUCUUUUGGCCGAUUCCGACGAAGACUAGUUUAAAUUGUUUCAUGCUAAUGUAAUUUUAUUGUUUUUUAAUUUAGUGUA